AUGACCACCUUCAACACGGUGGAAGACCUGAUGCAGGUGCUGGACGCAAAUCCGCACCUGCUUGAGGGUUUGCGCUCCCGGUUGCUGACACGGGAGCUGCUGGAGUUGCCGGAAACCAUGGCCCGGCUGGCCUCCCGGGUUGACCAGAUUGCAGCGCAGAUGGCCGAGAUCACAGAGCGGGCGGAUCGACUCAUUCAGCGGAUGGAUCGGACUGCGGAGCAACUGGGGCGGCUCCGGGAUGAUGUUGGGACGGUCAAAGGCAUGGCAACCGACGGCCUGGCCCACCGAGUAGCUCCCGCCAUUGCCAACGCGAUGGAACUGCGCCUCACGAAAAAUCUCGACGGAGCGGACUUGUCGGCUUUGACCGCCGGACAGGAUAUUUCGGCCAUAUCACAGAAUGCGUUGGAGAGUUUCCUGUUGUCUGACUUGAUCAUGGAAACGACUGAUGGGGAUGGUCAGACGUUUUAUGUGGCGGUCGAGUCGUCGUACACUGCGGAUGAUCGAGACACUCGCCGAGCCAUCCGAAACGCUGAAUUUAUGACCAGGUUCACGGGCCAACCCGCGCGGGCAGCGAUAGCCGCGGUGCGUACAGACUGGGAUAUCGAUGCACAGAUUGCGUCUGGUGCGGUGUACUGGUAUAGGUUGCCAGCUCGUUUGUUGCGAGGGAUAUGA